AUGAGCAAAAGGAAACAAAUUGAUAUUUCCUCCUAUUUUGGUGAGGCAGCCAUAAGUUCAAAGGACGUCUGCACGACUGAAAAACCUGCAACCGCUGCCAAGGUUAGCAAGAGAGUUUUGCACGUAUCAACCGCAGAAAAAUGGAAAACCACGCAACUAGCAGUAUAUAAUGCAGAGGACUGGCUGCUUUUUUUAAAAGACACUGGUGCAAACCAAGUAAAAGCAUUGAAAUGCAGUGCAUGUACAAGAUAUUAUACACAAAUUUCAGGUGUCAAGGGUUUUUCUCCACAGUGGUCAUCGGAUGAAGGAUGCACGCGACUUAUGUUGUCAAGCGCAACAGAUCAUGUCACCAGUGAACCCCAUAAACAGGCAAUGAUUCUGGUUAUGAAACAAAAAGGUAUGAACGUAUCAGAGCGUUCUAAAGCCAUGCAGGGUGUCCUUGACUCGCAAAAGCAAGGAAGCUUUUUGUCUACCCUCGCGACACUUAAUGAACAAGACUUAGAAAGAACGAAGAAGAAAUUUCAAAUCGCAUACUACAUCGCGAAAGAGGAGCUGCCUAUUGUGAAGUAUAGUACAAUGUUGGACCUUGAAGAGAGACUUGGAGUUGAUAUUGGUACAGCAUACCGUAACAACAACUCUGGGGGAGUGUUUAUGGAUUACAUAAGUGAGAGUAUUGCGGAGGAAUUAAAACAGAAACUAGCUAAAGUUCACUUUUACAGUGUCUUAACAGAUGGCUCUACUGAUGCGGCUACGUCUGAAAAUGAAGCUGUGUUUGUGGUUCAUUUCGAUCCGGAUCCUCCGGGAUGUGACAAAGUCAAAGUUGUUGCAAGUUUCCUCAAGCUUAACUUCCUACAAACUGCUGGAGCAACCGGGAUAGUAGAAAGUAUUAAAGAAAGCUUCAAAGCAGUGUCAAUUGAUGAUUUAUUUCAGAAAUUAGUUGGUUUUGGAGCCGAUGGGGCAAAUGUGAAUAAAGGUAACAAAGAAGGUGUAAAGGCAAUUUUAAGAAGAGAAAACCCAUGGUUGAAUUUUGGUUGGUGCGUUGCACACCGCCUUGAAUUGUCACUGAAGGAUAGUUUGCAAGGGACCGUGUUCGACGAAAUUGAUGAGGUGAUUUUGCGUAUGCACUAUCUGUAUAAGCAAGCACCGAAAAAAUUAAGGCAACUUAAACUGCUUGUAGAUAUAUACGAUGAGGGUGACGAGUUUGAAACAGGCGGUUACCGUCCCAAGAAAGCAUCAGGUAUAUUACAGUAAUCUUUCAGUUAUUUUUGACAAGUUAUGUUAUACUCCAAUAUAAGAAAGCCAACAUCAUUCAAGAUUUUUAUCAGUAAUUCAGUUUUACAGUAAUUUGUAUGAUAUGUUAUAAUGUAUGAAUUUUUUCUUGCAGGCACACGCUGGAUUGCACACAAAGUUGCUGCUCUGGACGUUAUUUUGGACAAAUAUGGCAUAUAUCUUCAACAUUUGGAGAAUAUAUCAGAAGACAACAGUUUCCCUGCAGACGAUCGUGCCAAAUGUAAAGAUUGGCUAAAAAAAUGGUCAAAAGCCAAGAUACCUUAGCACCGGCAAAAUGUCUGUCCAAAUCUUUCCAGGCGAGGACAUUGAUGUGGUUGCAAGCAUCGAAAACGUUGAGAAAACCAAACGCCAGUUACAUCGAAUUUCUCGAAAGGAGCUAAAGGAGCUGCCGACGGUUAAAAGGUUGCUCCAGAAAAUUCAAGAGCGAGAUGGAAAGUAUCUCCUUCACGACGUUGUAAUCCGAGGAUACGAAAGAGCGGUUGAGACAACUGCGAAAGUGAAAGACGACCUCAUAGAGCGUGUCAAAAAUGCAAUUGAACAACGCCUCGAAGAAGAUCCUGAGGACGAAAGAGGCGAAUUAGCCGCACUUCUUAACACGGCUGGCUGGGUGAAAGCGAAAGAUGAUGCUGUUGAGAUCUUCGAUCAAGAUGUGGAGAGACUCUAUGAGAGAUAUCGCAUACCCUUGGAAAGAGCAUGUUUUAGCGGAACAGUUGGAGAGCUUCUCGACCAAUGGCACAACCUUUUAGAGCACGCGCUUGCUUACUUGUCCCCGGAAAGAGUUGACUACAGGGUUGUGUGGCAUCAGCUAUUUAACUGUAGCAGAUCUAAGGAGUGGAAUGCUAUUUUAACUCUUAUUGAGCUGUUAUUCGUUCUUCCGGUGUCUAACGCUAAAGUGGAGGCGUUCUUUUCAUUAAUGAAACGUGUGAAAACUGACACCAGGGCAUCACUCAAAGAACAUCGUCUCAACAGCUUACUUCGUAUCGUUACUGAAGGGCCGGGUUAGGAUAAAACGCGGAUACGGACGGACGGAUGGAUGGCGGACGGACGGACGGACGAGUGGCGGACGGACGGACGGACGGAUGGCUUCCAAAAAACGUUUUUCAGCCUUUUUUAAGUCAUAUCCGCGUUUUAUCCAAAAGGAUAAAACGCGGAUAUGGUCCAAAAAACGUUUUCCAGCCUUUUUUAAGUCAUAUCCGCGUUUUAUCCAAAAGGAUAAAACGCGGAUAUGAUCCAAAAAACGUUUUUCAGCCCUUUUUCAGUCAUAUCCGCGUUUUAUCCAAAAGGAUAAAACGCGGAUAUGGUCCAAAAAACUUUUUCAGCCUUUUUUAAGUCAUAUCCGCGUUUUAUCCAAAAGGAUAAAACGCGGAUAUGGUCCAAAAAACGUUUUUCAGCCUUUUUUAAGUCAUAUCCGCGUUUUAUCCAAAAGGAUAAAACGCGGAUAUGGUCCAAAAACGUUUUUCAGCCUUUUUUAAGUCAUAUCCGCGUUUUAUCCAAAAGGAUAAAACGCGGAUAUGGUCCAAAAAACGUUUUCCAGCCUUUUUUAAGUCAUAUCCGCGUUUUAUCCAAAAGGAUAAAACGCGGAUAUGGUCCAAAAAACUUUUUCAGCCUUUUUUCAGUCAUAUCCGCGUUUUAUCCAAAAGGAUAAAACGCGGAUAUGGUCCAAAAAACGUUUUCCCAGCAUUUUUAAGCCAUAUCCGCGUUUUAUCCAAAAGGGUAUCCAAAAGGAUAAAACGCGGAUAUGGUUCAAAAAACGUUUUUCAGCCUUUUUUAAGCGAUAUCCGCGUUUUAUCCAUAUCGAUAUGUAUAAAGAAUAUUGAAUAUUGUCCUAGAAUUUGAACAAAUAAAAACCAAUAAUAUGUCUCUUCGCUUAAUUAAAUACUUACUGCGAGAGAAGAGUUCUAAAAUUACAAUUUAG